CCUCCUAAAACUUGAUAACCGCCACAUCGCUUUCCCAUCACGAAAGCAAGAAACGAUUGAAUCAUUUCCAAUAUUUGAUCACUUCUUAGUUCUCCGAUAUUAAAAUUUAAAGAUACUUCGUCGAAUCUAUCGAAUUUGAUUUAUUCAUUACCGCGGGAGACACGUGCAGAGUAGAAUUGCUGCUGUAAUUCCUCGAGUCACUGUUUUAAGAGACAUCGCCACCAUUCAGACUCGUCUCACUUGCGCGCGUCAAAUAAUCAAUUAUCAAAGAGCUCCAACGUCAAUUCCAACCCGCUAUCAAAAUUCUUCCUCGUGCAUCGAAAUGCCUCUGGGAUAUGAGAGGAUUAAUGCGAGGAAAUCUCAGCCGAAUGACCAUAUCGUCUUCAUCAAACCCCUGGAAGGCCCUGACAAAGAGAUCGCGCAGCAGUUCUUAGAACGGAUCGCGGCGCAAUGCCUACCAAUUAUGAGAGAGCAUCAUAUCUUGGUCGUAUCCCUAGAAGAAUACGAGCCAAACCGGGAAUUUGUUGGUCGUAAUUUCAAUGCAGGAGAAGUGAUACAACUAGUGUUGAAGUCACUUUCUACCAGACAAUGGCUACCAUUCAACUAUGUCCAGAUGGUGAUGAUGCAUGAAUUGGCUCAUUGCAAGCAGAUGAACCAUUCAAAGGCGUUCUGGGCUGUAAGAAAUAGCUAUGCAGACCAGAUGAGAGUCUUGUGGUCGAAGAACUACACCGGUGAAGGACUAUGGGGUAGGGGCGCUCUAUUAGAAACCGGUGAGUUUGAGAAGAACACAGUAUCAUCAGAUAAACAUCUGCCAGAGCAUCUAUGCGGAGGGACCUAUCGAUCAAGGGGUAGGAAACGGAGACAAAAGAAACAGUUGUCCUACCAAGAAAGGAAGCAACGCCGAAUUUUGAAGAAGUUUGGUGCGAACGGGGUUGCUCUCGGUGAAGACGAAGCUAUCAAGACCGAGCUGGAGAAAGGGAAGAAACCUCAAGGCAAGCCCCGUGUGGCGGCAAGCAAACGAGGCCGGGAACUUAGAGCGGCAGCAGCCUUAGCUCGGUUCGACCAGCAGAAGAAAGAAGCCGAAGAGGUCAAGGCUGAGUCGUAUAUUAACAUCAAAGAAGAAGAAGACAGCGGCUCGGAGACGGGGAGCGAUAGCGAGGAGGAGGAAGCCAUUGUGGAUAUAAACGGCCGGCGGCUUGUCGAUACCAAGGGCCAUAAUUUAAUCAAAGUAUGCGAAGACGAGGACACCGGGGACGAAGACGCGCAGAACGAGCUCAAAGAACUUUUCCAAUCCACCAUUAAAGUCAAGCCUGAGAAGCUUGAAGUGGUACCGCCGAUAAGAACUAUACCUCAAGCGGCCGAACUAGUAGCGAAACCACGUGCUAGCAAUGAGAAGAAGAUAAGUAAUGGUUCGAAGAAGUCACGGCAAGGAGAGGCGAGUAGCGCUACUAUCUCUAUUACUAGUAGCAUCAUCCCAAAUUCAACGGCGGGGACUUGUCCUAUGUGCUCGUUCGAGAGUGGUCCAGAAGCUACUAUAUGUGGCGUCUGUUCUCACGUUUUAGAUCCUGGCAAGGUCCCUGAUUCGUGGAGAUGCAAGAGUUCAUCCUGUCGCGAAAGCUUGUAUCUGAAUGCCGGGGACGCUGGAAUCUGCGGCGUGUGCGGUGGGCGGAAAGCUGUGUAAAGAGCAAGCAAGUACCUAAGCAAGCAAACCUGCUCGCACACCGAUUUUUCAAUUUUGGUGUCAUUUUUACCUUUCGUCAACGGUCACAUGCCGGACAGUUUCUUUCAGACAGAGGAGAGCCUUCAUCGUUCAUUGGCUAUCAAGUUCUUAUAAGGUCAAAGUCCUAUGUAUGUAGGUAAUUAUGCCUUUAGGGCCUUUUUAAUCCUUCCCGGCUUAUCUCAUCUAAUUGCUGUUUUUAAUAGAUACCAUAGGAUCGAUCGUACGGCGCAGAAAAUGCUUG